UGAUGAAACACAUUAUCAUAACCAGCGCUGACACGACUUGGGACUAUUCAGUCAGCCCUUUCUGUCACCCCGAGGUUGGGAGCAGAGAACCAGGUGACAGCGAGCUGAUCAGCGAUGUCAGGCAGCGAUUGAAGGCGCUGAAAUGAGCGACAGAGCCGAGAUGAGAGGGCCCGUCAACCGCCGGAGGAGGACCACCAUCUCCGGCGGAGCGCUGAAACAAGCCAACGGGAGCAAGUGGCACGAUUCUGGGGAGAAACCCCCGCAGUGUCCCGCUAAAGCCAAAACGGACGAGGAGUCCAGGCAUGCGAGUAACAACGGGAAGGUGGACAGAGAGACGUCAGGGCAGCAGCAGCAGCCCACAAACAGUCCGAGGAAACAGAGGAAUGUGGUGGAAGAUUUUAACGAGAGACUCAGCUGUCACGUCCUUCAGGAGUCUCUCUUAAGUUCAGCCAGUGGUUACAGCAACUACAGAGGAAUCCUCAACUGGUGUGUUGUCAUGCUGGUGCUGAGUAAUGCACGCCUCUUCUUAGAGAACAUUAUUAAAUAUGGUAUCUUGGUGGACCCUAUCCAAGUAGUGUCUCUCUUCUUGAAGGACCCCUAUAGCUGGCCAGCAGCUUGCCUCAUCAUCGUGUCAAAUGUGUUCAUCUUAGCAGCCUUGUACACAGAGAGGCGUCUGGCUGUGGGUACCAUUUCCCAAACAACAGGAGCGAUUCUUCAUAUUUUUAACCUGACAUCCUUGUUGAUCUUCCCUUCAGCCACUGUACUCACUUUGACCUCCAUGACCCCAGUGGGAGGUGUGCUCUCCCUAGGAGUCUACACAGUGCUGUUUCUCAAGCUGUACUCCUACCAAGACACCAACAGGUGGUGUCGAGAAAUCAGACAAGCGAAAGCCAAGAGACUAACACGAUCAUACUCAUGUCCGUCUGUGGCACAAUCUAACGGUUCAGCAAUUCAUAGCCAUGUCUCCUACCCAGGCAACCUCACCCACAGAGACAUGUACUACUUUGUCUUUGCCCCAACUCUCUGCUACCAACUUAACUUCCCACGGUCACCUCGGAUACGCAAAAGGUUCCUGAUGAGAAGACUUUUUGAAAUGCUUUUCUUCAUGCAGCUGUUGGUGGGAUUGAUACAGCAGUGGAUGGUUCCCACCAUACAGAACUCAAUGAAACCAUUCCAGGAAAUGGACUUUUCUAGGAUGGUGGAGCGCCUCUUAAAGUUAGCUGUCCCUAACCAUCUGAUAUGGUUAAUAUUCUUCUAUUGGUUUUUCCACUCUUCUAUGAACUUUGUGGCAGAGCUAAUGCAGUUUGGAGACAGAGAGUUCUACAAAGACUGGUGGAACUCUGAGACUGUCACAUAUUUCUGGUCCAACUGGAAUAUCCCAGUUCACAAGUGGUGUCUGAGACACUUUUAUAAGCCGAUGUUGAGAAGGGGGGUCAACAAGUUUCUGGCUCAAACUGCCGUCUUCCUGGUAUCUGCCUUCUUCCACGAGUACCUGGUGAGUGUCCCUUUGAAGAUGUUCAGACUGUGGGCCUUUAUGGGAAUGAUGGCUCAGGUUCCUCUGGCUUGGUUUGUGGGUCGUUUCCUGAAUGGUAACUAUGGCAACGCCGCCGUGUGGAUGUCCCUCAUCAUUGGCCAGCCGGUCGCUGUGUUGAUGUAUGUCCAUGACUACUAUGUCACUCAUUACGGGAGCACGACAUAAUACGGGACAAACACACACACUCCCACAGCCUGCAGGACAACUCAAUGAGUGAAUGUAGAGCAAGUUAAGGUGACUUUAACAGUAAAGCCCUGCUGAUAUGAACCUGUCAGUGAAGAGCAGUAACAGCAGGGAAAUUGUUUUGGACUUGUUGAUUUUUGCACUAAAGAGAAAUUAAGUAUGUCAGGAAAUUAUUCUACCAACUUGAGAGGUGUUUGCUUUAAAGCAGUAUUCCACUUUAGGACCAACUAAAGCUUCCUGUGUUAGCAAACCUCAGGACCUGCAGUCACCGCACACUCUUAAUAUCUGUAUCGAGCAUUCGACGCUUCCACUUCAAACAAAUAACCCAAAGUGUAAAGGCACUGAACUCUGGAAAUGGAAUUUAUCCUUCACUGUGAGAUUUGUUAGAAUUAUGAUUUGCUGUUAACCACAUUUUGCUAAAAGUGGCCAAAAUUAGUGGUUAGCCGUAAUUUAUUUAACUUUAACAGUACUUAACUGCAUUCAAAGUAGAAAUUGUGGAAGUCCAUUUCCACCAGUGUCAUGAAAAAAUACGAUCCCUUAAGUUAUUAUAAUGCAAAACUUGCUCAAACAUAAUUGCUUACUUAGGUUGUAUCUAGAAAGAAUGACUUAAUAUCUCAAAAUAAUGAACGACAACUCGUUAUUUUUGUUAUUUUCUAACCCGUUAUUCUAAGAACAUUCAGAGAGAAAUCAUUAUUUUGACGUUAAGUCAUUUUUCUGAGAAAAUCUCUCAUUAUUUUGAGACACUAAGUCAUUAUUUUGAUAAAGUUUCUAAAUAUAAUGACUUUUUAGAUUUUUUUUUUUUUUGCAUCACAUUGGUUGAAAUGGCCUUAGAAAACCCUGCUUGUAACCAAGCACUCCUCGAGUUCUAGAAAAUUUGCACACCCUCGUGUGCAACAAAUGUGAACCACUGCCGAGCGAGUACACGCCAGAAGAGGAGCCUGCCUCAACAGACCUCAUAUUAAAAAAAAAAGUUUCUAUAUCAGUGAUUUAAAAGUAUAUUUUUCUUUUAUCCAAAGGCAACAGAGAAUUAUGAAGCCAGAUAAAAAGUUUGUUUCUACAAGCUAAGGCUUAAAAAUGGCAAUUAACGAUGUCUCCAGGUCUUAAAUUGACCACAGUGAGUUUUUUUUUUAUGUCUCCCUCUCUUUUUGAUGCAGUGGGUUAUGGAGUACCACAAGAAUUUCUAAUAAAACAAUUUGUAAGGAAUAAUUAAAGGCAGAGAUCUGAAGAAGGAGAAACUAAAGAGUAAAGGAGAAACUACAUAAGGAUGUUUUUUGACAUUAUUUGUACAGUCGUUGACCUCCAGGCAGCCUCUUCUCUACAACAUCAAUGCAAGCUCUUUUAGUGUAACAGUACAUUCUACAGGUGUGUUAUUUGUCUUGGCUUUAGGUUCUAUUUUUUGUGCUGCAUUUGACUUAUUAUUUUAUACUUUGUGUAAUUUUAUGCGUAGGUACGACUGUCUACAGUUAUGCUGUGCCAAAAUAUAAUUUAUGUUUUAUUCUAAAUCAAAGAUGUAAUGCAGUAGUUGAUUUACUGUUUUGAACCAAUGAAUGUUUUUUUUGCACUUUAAAGAGAUGCAUGCUGUCGACUAAAGCAAUAGAUUUCUACGAAUGUAUUCUUUAAGUUAUAUCACUGGUGUAAGGAAAAUAUGUUUUGUCAAAAUAAUUUGUAUGUUUUGUAAUUUGCCUGUUGAUAUUUUGUUGUCGCAUUAAGGCUGGCUUGAUUUCAGUUUCUUUCAAAGUAAAACAGCAGCUGCAGUUGUAAUAUAUUUCAAACAGCCUUUUCAUGCCACAGGUUUUUUUCAGUAUUUAAAUUCUAAAGAGUCUAUUUGGUCGCCAAUAUGGAUAUUGCCAUAAAAUAAUAUAUGUUGUGUUUACGUUUUGUUUUGGACCUCUUUCCAAAUA